AUGCUCUCAUCGACACUCUCCUUUCUGUGCAACCCACAGCCCGUCGUGCGACCACCACCACCGCCCCGAGCCGUAGCCUAUUCCAGCCACCACCGCGCGCCGCCCUCACCACCGCCGCCAAGCGGCUACCCGUCGCUGGCCUGCUGCGGCCACUGCGGCGGCCACCCGCCCACCUCGCCAUAUGAAGCGGCCUACUACCAUCAGCAGCAAUAUCACCACCAUCACCACGACGAACGUCAUGACGAGAUGCGCUGGAGACGGCAGCAGGCGGCGGUGGUGGUCGAACAACACCACCAUCACCAGCACCACUACGGCACCACCGCCGCGUUCCCGGCGCCACCGGUAAUGGUCGCCACCGAGCAGGAGCUGGCCUACAUGAACCACAUGCAGCGCUCGCUCGCGCUCCUCAAGGAGAGCGUCAAGAAGCUCUCCGUCGGCACCGGAGCCGGGGCCAGCAAGCAGAAGCAACAGCUGUCGGCCGUGGCGGCGCACGCGGCGGUGAUCGAGGCCGUGGCCGCGGCGGGCGGAACUCGGGUGCCCGUGGCGACGCUGUUCAAGACCAUCCGCAAGCAGCGCGCCCAGCCGCGGUACCACUGCUGCGAGUGCGGCGCCGCCAGCACGACCCAGUGGAGGAACAGCCCCAGCGGGAAGAAGAUUUGUAAUCCGUGUGGCAUGCGACUGUGGCGCAGCCGCAAGAGGAAGGAGGGCGCUGCCGUCGGUGAAGAAGAGCAGCAGCAGGAGCCCAAGCAAGAGCAGCAGGAUCAGCCCUCGGAUGACGAGGAGAAGAUCGACGCGUCGAACCGCGGCCGCUCCAACAUCUACAAUUUGCUGAACUAA